GCGCCGAGGGGCAGCGGCGGCGUGAGGGGAGCGGGAACGGUGAGACGGGAAUGGGAACGGAGAUGACUCCAAACAAGAGCCCGGACACGUCGGUGCUGGAGCUGGCCGUGAGGCUGAGGAAACAGGCCGAGUCCAGGAAGGUGGUGCUGGCCUGGGGGCUCCUCAACAUCUCCCUGGCCGGGCUCAUCUACACGGAAAUGACUGGGAAGCUCCUGAGCACCUAUUACAACAUCAGCUGCUUCCCUCUGUGGUACAUUGAGUUCGCCUUGGCCUCGCUGUUCAGCCUCAACGCCCUCUUCGAUUUCUGGCGCUACUUCACCUCGGCGGCGGCGCCGGCGGGGCCGGGCGGGACCCCCAGCCCGCAGGUCCUGGGCUGGCUGCGCAGGGCAGCCGUGCAGGUCACCCCCCCUCGGGAUCCAUCAGCCAAGCGGGUGCUGUCCCUGCCGCCGUCCCCCCCGAUCCAGGGGCAGUGUGUGCUCAGCUACAGCCCCUCCCGCUCCCCCAGCGCCAGCCCCAAGUUCUCCUCGGGAUGUGUGAGUGGAUUCAGCCCCCAGCUCCAGGCCUUGGCCAGCCCUUCCCACGCCGGCUCCGUCUCCUACUCCCCCGGCAGCACCUACGGCAAGGUUUCCAGCUUCAGCCACUCUCCCAACGGAUCCCCCUAUUCCCCGGGAGCGGCGGACGGCGGCGGGAUGAGGUCCCACUACCGGUUCUCCCCCAUCCUGUACAACAACAACACCCACAAGGAUGACUACAUCACUGAUGUCAAAUCCCUGGACACCUUCCUGAGGAACGAGGAGGAGAAACAGCACAGAGUCCAGCUGGGGAGCUCCGACUCCAGCUCCCCUUCCAGCAGCCCAACCUUCUGGAAUUACAGCCGCUCCAUGGCAGACCACGCCCAGAUCCUGAGGAAAUUCCAGUACCAGCUGGCCUGCAGGUCCCAGGCUCCGUCAGCACACAAGGAUGAGGCAGAUCUGAGCUCCAAACAGGCAGCAGAGGAGGUCUGGGCGCGGGUGACGAUGAACAGGCAGCUCCUGGAUCACAUGGAUUCCUGGACAGCCAAGUUCAGGAAUUGGAUCAACGACACCAUCCUGGUGCCCCUGGUGGAGGAGAUGGAGUCGGUGAGCACCCAGCUGAGGAGGAUGGGCUGCCCCGAGCUGCAGAUCGGAGAGGCCAGCAUCAGCAGCCUGAAGCAGGCAGCCCUGGUGAAAGCUCCUCUCAUCCCCACCCUCAACGCCCUGGUGCAGUACCUGGAUCUCACCCCAAACCAGGAAUACCUGGUGGAAAGGAUCAGAGAGCUUUCCCAGGGCGGCUGCAUGAGCUCCUUCCGAUGGAACGGAGGAGGAGACUUCAAGGGACGCAAGUGGGACACGGACCUGCCCACGGACUCCUCGAUCCUGAUGCACGUGUUCUGCACCUACCUGGACUCCAGGCUCCCUCCUCACCCCAAGUACCCCGACGGCAAAACCUUCACUUCCCAGCACUUCAUCCAGAGCCCGGAUAAACCAGACACUUCCAACGAGAACCUGUUCUGCAUCUACCAGAGCAGCAUCAACCCGCCCCACUACGAGCUCAUCUACGAGUGCCACGUCUACAGCCUGCCCAAGGGCAGGAAUAACAUGUUCCACACCCUGCUCAUGUUCCUGUACAUCAUCAAGACCAAGGAAUCCGGGAUGCUGGGGCGUGUCAAUCUGGGAUUGUCGGGAGUCAACAUCCUGUGGAUCUUCGGGGAGUGACCCAUCCCUGCUCCGAGACAUCCACGGUUUUGGGUUAAACCCGGAUCAUUUAAGCUCAGCUUAGUGCACAGAGCGGGGAAUUGUCUGGAAUUCCUGCGUGGAUUUCUUCCCGAGGCAUCCCAUGGAAUAUUUCACCUGGGAACGAGCUCCAGGCAGGAUUAGGAUUCUCCUUCCCGCUCCUCACCUCAACAGCCCAGCUUAAACUGAGCUUAACUGAUCCAGACUAAACCUGUGAGGGUCGUGCACAGCC